AAGAACUUCAAAAAGCGACCAGCUCAAUCUCAAGCAGGUCCUGCCGCAAAAAAGGCCCACAUCGCAGCGGCCAAGUCGGAUCCUGCACCUAAAAAACGCGCACGGCCUGUCGUACCUGUAGAAGAAAGCGAAGCCUCCGAAGACGACUCGGAUACUGGAGACGAUGUUCUGGGAGAAGGAGAUGUAGACAUGGAGGAUGCUGAUGCUGAGAUGGACGUCGACAAAGGACUGGGAGGGGAAGCCGAACAGAAACAGGUCAAGGAUCCGAACGCCGCGAGGGAAUCUCACAAAGCCCAGAAGGUGCUCCACGAGCAACGAAAAGCUCAAAAACCCCACUCCGAACUCCUUACUUCAGCAAAGAGCACCUGGGCACUCGCCCGCCAGAAAGAAAUCCCCAAACCGGAACGCGAGAAGCAUAUCAAAGCUCUCAUGAAUGUCAUUAGAGGGAAGGUCCAGGAGAUCGUGUUCAAGCACGAUGCGAGCAGGAUAGUCCAGACAGCGGUCAAGCAUGGGAAUCAGUCGCAAAGAGACGAGAUCGCGGUAGAGCUGAAGGGAAGGUACAAGGAGCUCGCGCAGAACAAAUAUUCUAAGUUCUUAGUGACGAAGCUCAUCAAGCUAUGCCCUACACACCGGUUGUCCAUUCUCACCGAGUUCCAGUCUAGCGUUAUCCGCCUUCUACUUCAUCGUGAAGCCUCUGGGGUUAUCGCAGACUCUUUUGAACUCCAUGCAAAUGCGUAUGAGCGCGCAAUUCUCCUUCGUGAUUUCUAUGGACGAGAGACCGCUCUGUUCUCAAUCACCACAGGUAGUGAACAGGAUAAGGAGAAAUCGAGGAAGGGUUUGAAGGGUGUCUUGGAGGGAGCGGAUCUCGAGAGACGGAAACGAGUGCUUGCGGCAUUGAAAGAGAACCUCGUGACCAUAUUCAAUAAUCCGGACAAGGGUUCCCUGAGAUGGGCCAUUGUGCAUCGUGCUCUUUUGGAGUACCUCAUGGAGAUCAACGAAAUCCCGGACGAGGCUGAACGGGAUAAGCUCAGGCAUGAGAUAUUAGAGAGUUGUGAGGACAAUCUGGCGGAUAUGGUCCACACAAAGGACGGAAGCCGGGCUGUCCGAGAGUUCUUGGUUCAGGGGACCGCCAAGGACCGAAAACAAAUUGUGAAAAAUAUGAAAGAACAUGCACGCAAAAUGGCCCAAGACGAUUCUGCGCAGCUUGCUCUUUUUACGGCUCUCGAUGUGAUCGACGAUACCAAAAUGCUCGCCAAAACCCUCAUACCUGCAAUCACCCUCCAUGCAUCUGAUCUCUAUCAAAGUUCUCACGGAUGCCGUUCAUUACUCUACCCAAUUAUCCCCCGCUCGCGACGAACCCUCACACCAGCCAUAAUCGCAACACUAGCCGAAACAGACCCAAUAAGGGCGAAGACGAGUAAGAAGGACGCGGACGUCAGAGCCGCGGAGGUCAGAGCUGCUGCUAGCGCGGAUUUAUUGGCAUGGGUGGCGAAGGAUGGGAAGAUCGUCAGUCGGGAUACAGCAGGGAGUUUGGUUGUUAUGGAGGUAAUGCUCGAGGCCGAUGGAGAUAAAUCAGCAGCUACAGAAUCUCUGCUUCAGUCUCUUAUAUCAUCGUAUCCGUCGUUAGACCCAACAAAGCCCCAUCCAAUCGACCUCCCUCACACAUCGCGGCUUUACAAGACCCUUCUUCAAGGCGGGCACUUCUCUCACACCACGAAAUCUAUCGAGCCAUGCCCUCGAUGGUCAGCCAAAGACUUUGCAGAAUCCUUCGUGCGCAUCGUCGGGAAGGAGAGGACUCUGGAGAUCGCGAAGGGCGGAGGGGCUUUCGUCGUCGCUGAACUGCUGGAGAGGAUACGACUGGAGGGCAGUGAGGAUGUGAAGGAGACUGUGAAGAGGUGGGUGGAGGGACUCGAACAAGGUCCAAGCGCUGGUGAGGGCGUGAAGGGGUGGAAUGUCUUGGUCGAGAAGGUGAAAGCUUUGAGGAACUAGACUCUGCGGUACUUCGUCCCGCUUGAUCAGAUCGAUGUCGGAAACGACUAUGUUAUUCUGUAGACCCCAGUUUCCAACAGGCAGACCUUCAGCGUUACCCCGUCGAUCAUGCCCAGAUUAGUCGUGCGUGUGAUAUAAUUUACAAAGCAACAGGGUUGAAGUAUGGAGUCAAGGUCGCCUCAUACAUAUCAUCCAGCACAAUCACUGCGUACAAGCCCAACAUAGGGUGCCACGCAGGCCACAUUGCUCUCCUCGGUACCUAUGAGGGACCGCACAGACUGACCGCCACAAGAACCAUCAUACUAGUCUUCAUCAAUGGCAUCUUCGUCAUCUUCGUCCUCAGCACCGAUAUCGUGAUCAGUUGACAACUCUAACCCUUGAUCGACCAAUUGCAUAAGCCCCGCAUAAUCCUGCGGGCUCUCCUUGUUCAUUCUCUCUAAAUCGUCGCGCAACAUGUAAAGAGACUUCAACUGCGAGCAGCCGUGAUCCCCUGGUCCAUUGUCAUCGGCUCCCCCAGAACCACUACCACCUUCGGGCCACGAUCGUCUCUUCUUCAGCAUCUCCAACAGCUUCUCAUAUCCCCACGAAUGCGGUCCUUCGUGAAAACUUUUGAGCUCUCCCAGGCGCUGUGGACGCACAAGGAGCAGUCCCUCGAGACGCCGGUUCAGGUUCAUCGGCUCUUGCCAGAGGUACAUGAAGAGUACAUCCCAAUGAGCUAGGCGGC